AUGCCGGGUAGACUCUCAGAAAUGCCAUCCUUAGUGCGGAUACAGACAACCAGUUCCAUCAAGGCACAGCCAGCCACAGAUUCAUAUACUACAGAAACGAAGAAAGAUUAUGGACUGAAUUCACCUACCUGUGACAACAUCACCCUAGGAGACCUCCUGGCUCUGCCAAGGAGUGACUGCAUAGCAGCAGAACAACUGUGCCUCUCGGACUCUACCUGCAAUGCCACCUACAGGAUCCUGGAACAUUGUGCCCUGGCUAAGACUCACAUCCUUCCGCUGGAUCACGACAGCAGGGUCAGAUGUCUGAAUGCAGAGCUAGACCUCGGAAACAGCUCUUUGCUGCACUGCAGGUGUCACCGGCGCAUGAAGAGGCAGGAGCACUGCUUACGCGUUUUCUGGACCGUUCACUCCAGCAUGGCAGAUGGUUAUUUCAAUCUGGAGACCUCUCCCUAUGAGAAUCCUGCAAAUGAAGAACACUGGAAGACAGAUUAUAAUAAACUGGCAGCUCUGUUAUCAGGCUCACAGUUAGCAGGAGAUGCAACAAAUCCAUGCCUGAAAGCAACUCAUGUCUGCAAUCUGAGCAAGAAGUGUGUUCGUCUGCGCACAGACUACGCCUCGAUCUGCACCAAGGGAGCAGGAAGCGAGGACACGUGUGACCGUCGCAAAUGCCACAGAGGGCUAAGGAAUUUCUUUGAGAAAGUCCCUGAGGAAUUCACCAAAAGGAUCCUAUUCUGUCCGUGUCAAGAUGAACUUUGUGGAGAACGACGCCGGAAAACUAUUGUUCCCGAUUGUUCCUUCCAGUAUAACACGAAACCCAAUUGCCUCUGGCUUCUGGACUUCUGCUUAGAAGACCACAUCUGCAAAUCCCGACUGGCUGACUUCCAACAAAAUUGUCAACCUGCAGACAUGUCUCCAGAUGGUUGCUCUCAGCACAGCCAUGCUGCAUGCCUGCAGGCUUACAUGGGGAUGAUUGGCACGCCCAUGACACCCAACUACGUCAGUAACUCCAGUGUGGAGGUCUCCCUGUGGUGUACAUGCGAGAGCAGCGGCAACCAGAAGGAGAAGUGUGACCAGAUACUCGGCAUGUUUGAGAGCAACAAAUGCCUUGAAAAUGCCAUUUGGUCUCAAAUGCACCUCAAGCAGACAGCUCCAGAAAGACAGGAGGACUUAUUUUAUUCGUCUUCCCUAAGCUUCCAAGGAGACAGUGCCAGCACAUCUCUUGCUUCAGAAAUGUCCCAGGUGGCUGAAGGGAAGACACAGCGAGACAUCUCCAAACACAGCAGUAUGCCUAUGGCCUCCUCUGUAUAUUCUGGAGCUGCUAUUUCUUGGCCGUCUCUGGCUCUGUUCCUGCCCCUAUUGCUGAGCCCACGUUAAUUUGGCAUAAAUGUCAUCUUUCCUUCCCAUAUUAUUAACCUUAUUCCAUAUCCAGGCACCUUCCAUUACUGAUU